AUGUUGCUCCGAGAUGUCCUCACCCUGUUGGCUACGGCCCAAGUCGUCACAGCAGACUCGUCGCAUCCAGUGCACUUUCGCAAGGUCAAUGCCAGCACAGCCAGGAGCAUCAGUGCCUACAAGAAUCUCACGCUCCAUGGCGACGGAACGCUCGUGAAUGAGCAGGGCUUUUGGUUCUCCCACUUCAGCGUCGGCGCUAGCCGGAAUCUCGAGAUGCUGAUCAAUACCGGUUCCUCGGAUGCCAUUCUGAAUCCCGGCGUCUACGAUCCCAGCUCCGCCUCUCGCGAUCAAAAGCGGGAUUUUCACAUCUCGUACGCGACGGCAAAACCCGACGGUUCUGGAAAACUCUCCGCAUCGGGAAAGGUGUACCUGGACGUCGUCACGCAGCUUGGCGCCAACCUCACCGUCCUGCAGCAAGGCAUUGGGUUGAUUGACAAGCCCAAGACGACUCCCACCUUUCCCCACGACGGUAUCAUCGGCUUCGCCGGCGAGCGCGGCGCGUCCCUCCGAGAGAAGCCCUUCAUCCUCUCCCUCUGCGCCACGCAUGCACUCUCCGCGUGUCGCUUCGGCCUCUCCCUGCGCACCAACGGCACCGGCCAGCUGCACUACGGCACCGUGGCCACGGACGAGUUUGCCGGCGCGCUCACCACGGUCAAGACGGCCCGGGGCCGCCUCUGGUCCGUCAAGGGCGACGUCACGGUCAACAGAGAUAGGAUCUACAUUGGACUUCCACUGGUGACCGACUCGGGCACGACCGCCAUCUUUGGCCCGAGCAGCCUGGUUCGCAAGGUCUUCCAGGCCGCCCGCAUCAAAGAGGUGAAGACGGAGAACGGCUACGAGGGCCGCUUCAAUUGCAGCGACGCCCCUACCAUCGGCUUCCGCAUCGGGCGCAAGAUUUUCAACAUUGAUCCCAAGGCACUCGCCUUCAAGAAGGACGGCGACAACUGCACGGCUAGUCUAUUUGGCAUGCACAAAAAGUUUGGCGACAGAUGGAUCCUCGGCCAGGCUUUCUUCCAGGGUCGCUACAUUGACCACAACGCGGAAAACAAGACCAUGGGCUUUGCUAACCUCAAGGAAUAA